AAAUAGAAAAUCAAAUAGUUUUGUUUAUGUUUUUUUGAUUUGUUUUUAAUUUUUUUUUCGAGUAGAAUGAAUAGUAUUGAAGAGCCAAGUAAUGAUAGUAGUGAUAGUAACAGUGCAAGUUUGACAAGUAGAAAUACAGUAAUUUGGAUUGAAAAAAAUCAUCAAGAUAAUAAUCGUGUUAAUAAAAAAACUGAUAAAAUAUCAUCAUCAUCAUCAUCAUCGAUAUCAUCAACGUCAUCAUUUCAAGGAUGGUAUCGUAAAAGAUCUAAAAAAAAUCAUGAAAAACGUGAAGUUAAAAUAAUUGAUGCAGUUGAUGCAUUGUAUUUUUUAUUUCAUGUAAGCAGAACAAAAAGUGAUGGAAUAUUAUUGAGAUUAUCACAAUUUACAGCUGUUAUUAUGCUGACAUUUUCAGUAAUUUUAUCAGCUAAACAAGUGGUUGGAAAUCCGAUUGAUUGUGUUCAUACAAAAGAUAUACCUGUGGAAGCUUUUAAUGCAUAUUGUUGGAUACACAGUACAUAUUUUGUAACUGGAGCAAUGCUUGGUGUUGCUGGUGUUAAUGUUGCAUUUCCCGGUGUUGCACCAUCAUUUUUUAUUUCAUCAAAACCACGCAAUAGUUAUAAUCAAGAUUAUGUAAAUCGUCGUGGUGAUGGAAAUAUUAAAAUCAUCAAAUAUUAUCAAUGGAUUGCUAUUAUUCUUUUAAUUCAGGAUCAUCUGGACUGUCGGGAUAUUUAUAUAAAUAUAUAAACAAUUUUAUUAACACGUGACAAAAUAUAUAAAGAAAUAAAAAAAAUAUUUGAAAAAAUAUAAAAGGUGGAUGGACUGUUUUUAAUGCAACAGGUGCUUCAUGUGAUGUUUAUUGAUGAUUUGCUAUUUUUCACAUCUUCACAUACACAACAAAAAUAAAUAUAAAUAAAUUAUAUUUUAUAAAAGUAAUAAAGGCAAAUAAAAUUUUAACGUAACAGUGACGUUGAUUCGUCAAAACGUCGUAAGUUGAACAAGUAACAUCAUCAGUAUAUUAAAAGAAAAUUACUUUUUUUUUUUGUUUUACUUUUUUUAUAAUAGAA